AUGUCCGACACUUGUAUUGUCUGUUUAGGAGACCUUGGCGAAAGCGCCGGUAAUCCACUCGCCGCCGAGCCCGUGAACCCCGAUAAAGAUGUAUCGAAGGUUAGGCUCGACGAGGAUAGCCAGAUCGCUCAGUUACUUCCUUGCGGACAUAUACUGCACAAUAACUGUUUAAAGCCAUGGGUGGAGCGGGCCAACAGUUGUCCAAUAUGUCGCCGCAACUUCAACAUGGUUGAGUUGACCGACUCGCUUGGUGGCCCCGUGAUCUCAUCAUAUGCCGUCCAAGACCGAACCCAGGUUGCUGACGUCGACCCUUCGAUGGUCAUUGAAUAUGCCGAAGAUGAGCUCGCCGAUUUCCAACCGUGUACGAUAUGCGGCGAAGCAGAUAACGAGGAUGUCCUCCUUCUGUGCGAUGGAUGCGAUGCCCCUUCUCAUCUAUACUGUGUCGGUUUGGAUGAAAUACCCGCCGGCGCAUGGUAUUGCUCGCAAUGCGAAUCUCAACGUGCGAUCGGCCCUGCGACUGAGGUUUCUGCCGGAUCUGCAAGAGCCGAGCGACGGAACCGCCGUACUCGUGCUGAGCAGCGCCGUGCGCAAAGCUCCAACAACAUCAACUCGCUCCACUGGGCUCGGGUGUGGCAGUCCGUCUGGGAUCACCUUAAUAUCGAUCUGGAUUUCCCAUUCGACGACGACCGAUCGGUGCAGCGUGUUAUGCAGCAGCGCCGUCGGGAUGAGGCCAACCAGCGAGAGUUCCGGGCAUGGCAGCGUCGUUUUGAAGUCGCUGAGCGACAAGGCGGUGGUAGUCGGUUCCGGGACACAGCCUCGUUAUUUGACAUUGAACCCGCCCGCCCGUCGCGGCCUCGAGUACCCAGAGAACCGACGCCUGAGCCAGAGUCCCUCGAGGAAAUGCGAGCGUGGAAUGCCUUUGAGAGAGCUCGAGAGAUCGAGAAUAACCCAAAUGCGGCUCGAAAGCGCAAGGAGCCUACCAUGUCCCCGUCGCCCGAGCCGACCGAGCCAGAGCGCAAGCUCAAGCGCCCGCGCACUAGACGACCUCAAGAGCUGGCUGCCAUAGCCCAGCAACAUGGAGAAUCUUCCAGAGCUGCCAGCUCGACCGCACGCCUCGCGAAUGGGGAUAUUAGUAUAGGCGAGCCAAGCUUCUUGUCCUCUCUCUUGAAGGAGGUCGAAGACUCGUCAACUACAGAGCGCGCAACUUCACAUGGACCAUCGGCUCCCACUUCUAUAGCCCCUACCGACCAUGCCACUCCAGGUCCAUCUUCUCCAUCCAUCUCCCCCGUUUCCUCCAACCACUCAUCUCCUCGAAUUUCAUCUACGACACCACCACCUUUCUCUCGCAGUCGACCCAUCUCUCCUCUUCAACUCUCCUCUCCUGCCGAACCCUCCUCGCCUCCAUUCUCCCCGGAGGUGUCAUUAUCCGGCAGCCCGGCGUCAUCACCGAGUAAAACAAGUCCGCUGCCGGCCCGUGAAGCCGGUCGCCCACGCGCUCGUAUCCCCCGACGAGCCGUGCAUCACUUCAGCUCUCCCGACACCUCACCAACCCGCGCUGGCCUCUCCUUAGCUGUCAAAUCCGACAUCCAAAAGAUGGUCGGCGCAGCGCUCAAACCGCACUACCGAGCCAAGACCAUCUCCAAAGACCAAUUCACAGAGAUCAACCGCACCAUCUCGCGCAAACUAUACGAGCGCGUGGGAACAGCCGAGUCCCUCGACCCCGAGCCCCGCACGGACAUCGAAGCCGUCGCGAAACAUGAAGUGCAAAAUACCAUCCUCGCGCUGCACAAGAAAGACAAACAACCCAUGCUGACAUCUGACUCUGAUGGCGAUGUACAAUGA